UAUUUUUAUGAUUUAUCAUUAGCUCAAAUAAAUCUUGCUCGGCCUCAAUUCCCAGAUUCUCUAAAGAUUGGUCGGCCAAAAGAGCGUUCCUGGAUUGCAGGUUGUGGCCGGAAAUCGUAACUGCUGUUGAAGAGAACAUAAUGGCAAUGGCUGCAUCCAAUGCGAGUGACAUCAAGAUCUUCACAGGUCUCCAGCAAAUUGCUGAAUCUCGCCAUUACAAGGCAUGGCUGUUGGAUCAAUUUGGUGUUCUUCAUGAUGGGAAACAACCUUACCCUGGUGCCAUAUCUACAUUGGAAAAUCUGGCUUCUCGUGGUGCUAAAAUGGUCAUUAUUAGUAAUUCAUCAAGACGUGCAUCAACAACAUUGGAUAAAUUGAAAAGCCUUGGAUUUGAUCCCUCUCUCUUCAUUGGAGCUAUCACCAGUGGAGAAUUAACAUAUCAACAUCUUCAAAGGAGAGAUGAUCCUUGGUUUCGUGUUUUAGGAAAGACCUGCAUUCACAUGACAUGGAGUGAUCGAGGUGCUAUAUCACUUGAGGGGUUAGGGUUACAGGUUGUAGAGAAUGUCGAAAAAGCUGAGUUUAUUUUGGUCCAUGGUACUGAAGCUCUAGGGCUUUCUUCUGGUGACUCUAUUUCCAAGAAGCUUGAGGAGCUUGAGAAGAUUCUAGAACAUUGUGCAGCUAAAGGUAUCCCUAUGGUGGUAGCAAAUCCUGAUUUUGUCACUGUUGAAGCUAGAGAAUUACGCAUCAUGCCUGGUACUUUAGCAGCUACUUACGAAAAGCUUGGUGGUGAAGUUAAAUGGAUGGGCAAGCCUCAUGAGAUUAUCUAUAAAGCAGCUAUGGCUAUGGCUGGUGUGGAUGCUUCUGAUUCAAUUGCUGUGGGGGACUCUUUACACCAUGACAUAAAAGGUGCAAAUGCAUCUGGGAUUGAAUCUGCUUUUAUCACUUGUGGGAUCCAUGCAAAUGAACUUGGACUUGGUGGAUUUGGAGAACUUGCUGACGUGUCUUCUGUGCAUGCUCUUGCAUUGAAGUAUGAUGCUUAUCCAUCAUAUGUAUUGCCUUCUUUUACGUGGUAAUCUCAAUGAUGGUUAAUAAAAAAAAUGGAUUUACAGGUUUACAAAACAUGCAUCCCAAGUGUUUGAUGUAGUGUUUCAAAGAAAGUUGGACCCAAAUUUCACUACUAUUAUCUCUUAACCUGGUAUGAGUUUAUCCUUCCCAUUUCUAUUGGCUUUUCAAACUACUUUUGAUUCUUUUAUUUUAUUUUAGUGUUUCUUAGAUUAUGGAGAUGGAUAGUUACUAUCGUUUUCUUUGAUGAAUCUUUAGCCAAAGAGGUGACAACUACUUGUAACUUAUAGGUAUAGGGGGUGUGCUGGGUCUUCACCAAAUAGGAAAUGCAAUGAUAGUUCUUGAAUGUAGUCAUUAGUUAUAUUAAAGAAUAUAUAAUUCUACUCAAAUUUGCCCCCCCCCCCCCCCCCCCCCCCCCACACACACACACACACACCACCACCACCACCACAACAUUAAUUGUUCAAGCUCCGCCCCUGAAUACAACUUAAAUUGAGUGAGUUAUGCACAUUUGAACAAAAGAGUCAUAUUAUGUUUAAUUGCUGAAAUAUAAAAAAAUUCUGAUUUGAUAUGCUUCCUUGCGGGACCUGUAACUCAUUAAAUUUUUAACCAAUUCAAUUUUUAACCAAAUCAAGCGUUUUUAUAGUCUAAACUUAUCUACAAAACAUAAACAAAAUGUAUGAAAAAGAUUCAGGUAAAUACAACUUAACUUGAGUGAGUUAUGCAACUUUCAAAAUUUGGACAAAAUGCUAAAUUUGUAAAUAUUGCUAAUUGUUAGUGCUGAAACAGAUUUGGUUUUAUUUACCUUGAUGGCUAUAUUCGAGAAACACGUCUUUGACAUCGUAUGCUUAUCUUAGCAAUUCAAAGGUAGAGUUCCACCGUGUUGGAGUUUCACCACACAAAAACCUUUGAGUUUCUACAAUCACAUCCUUCAUGGCUUGUUUAAAGGUCUUGAUCCGUUGCGGGGAGGCUCUAAUGUAUUUCAUCGCAUCCUGUAUGCUUUUUACAUGGUAAACUUCGUGUUUUAACCCCAUUUUCACAACUAGGUUUAUGAUAUGAGCCAUACACCUAAUGUGAAAAUGUUUACCAUUAUCGUAAAUACCCAAAAGUUCUUUCACAAUGAUGUUGAUUGUUGCGUCAUUUGUCUUGGCACUAUCAACGGUCAUCGUCAUGACAUUCUUCAUGCCCACUCGUUUAUGCAAAUUAGCAACUCUCGGGUCAUGUCUUUAGCUUUUUGAGUAUCAACCUCUUUAAAGUUUACUACCCUUUUGUGAAUGACAAAAUCUUUAGUAAUGAAGUAGGCCAUGCCAACCAUAUAAUUUAUCUUUUGACACGAGGAUGUCCACGUGUCGGUUGUCAAGUGGAUGGCUGUUUUGGGGUUGCUCAAAUGUUUGUAGAACUUCUGCCUCUCCAUUAAAUAGGACACAACAUCACGAGAAAUUUUAUGCCUUGAAGGCAAUUUCACCCUACCAUUAAGGGCGUUUACAAAUUCUAUGAAGGCCUCGUUUUCAAUGGAUUUAAAAGGUAGUUCCCCGAUGGUGAAAAGGCCUCGUAAGGCAAGUUGAAUCCUCGUAUCAUCAUGUUUCCAUGUGUAUACAUGGCCCUCGCCAUUAGGAGCUUUCGUAAAUGACAACUUUUGUUGUUUGUCAUCAUCUUCAUUUGGUUUGUUGUCCGGAUUUAACUUACAACCAUUAAAAUGCUUGUUUAUUGAAGUUGUCCCAUUCCGAUUUGCAUCCCUGGUUAGUAAUUUUAAACAAUAAUUACAUUCGACCCACUUUCUUUCAAUUCCAUCUUCCUCCUUUAUCCAUUCUAUCUCGAAGUUAUCCCAAACAGGAGCGGUACAAUUGUCACUAUCCUCUCGUCUGGUUAGGUUAAUCCGAUCCUUUAACUCCUUUUGAUUCGUUUUUUUUGCUCUUGGGUUUUGGUUUUGUUAGGUAUUUUUGUUGUGUACGCUUUUUUGGUAGUGGUGGUUUUUCUGUUUGUGUUGGUUUUUUUGGUUGUCUUCGUUUUUUUGGGGUUGCAAAUUUUCGUUUUUUUGAUGGUUGUUGUUCUUGUGGCUCCUCUUCUUGGUCUGAUUCGUCACUUGGUAUAACAUGCCAUGCUGGUGUUUCUUCUAUACAAACAAAAAAACCACCAAUACCAAAAAAGUGAACACAACAACAAUACCCAACAGAACCAAAACCCAAGAACAAAAAAACGGCUCAGAAGGAGUUAAAGGACUGGAUUAACCCAACCAGACGAGAGGGUAGAGAUAAUUGUACUACUCAUGUUUGGGAUUACUUCUAGAUAGAAUGCAUAAAGGAGGAAGAUGGAAUUGAAAGAAAGUUUGCCGAAUGUAAUUAUUGUUUAAAAUUACUAGCCGUGGAUGCAAACUGGAAUGGGACAACUUCAAUAAACAAGCAUUUUAAUGACUACAAGUUAAAUCUGGACAAAAAACCAAAUGAAGAUGAUGACAAACAACAAAAGUUGUCAUUUACGAAAGCUCCUAAUGGCGAGGGCCAUGUAUACACAUGGAAACAUGAUGAUACGAGGAUUCAACUUGCCUUACUAGGCCUUUUCACCAUCGGGAAACUACCUUUUAAAUUCAUUGAAAACGAGGCCUUCAUAGAAUUUGUAAACGCCCUUAAUGGUAGGGUGAAAUUGCCUUUAAGGCAUAAAAUUUCUCGUGAUGUUGUGUCCUAUUUAAUGGAGAGGCAGAAGUUAUACAAACAUUUGAGCAACCCCAAAACAACCAUCCACUUGACAACCGACACGUGGACAUCCUCGUGUCAAAAGAUAAAUUAUAUGGUUGGCAUGGCCUACUUCAUUACUAAAGAUUUUGUCAUUCACAAAAGGGUAGUAAACUUUAAAGAGGUUGAUACUCAAAAAGCUAAAGACAUGACCCGAGAGUUGCUAAUUUGCAUAAACGAGUGGGCAUGAAGAAUGUCAUGACGAUGACCGUUGAUAGUGCCAAGACAAAUGACGCAACAAUCAACAUCAUUGUGAAAGAACUUUUGGGUAUUUACGAUAAUGGUAAACAUUUUCACAUUAGGUGUAUGACUCAUAUCAUAAACCUAGUUGUGAAAAUGGGGUUAAAACACGAAGUUUACCAUGUAAAAAGCAUACAGGAUGCGAUGAAAUACAUUAGAGCCUCCCCGCAACGGAUCAAGACCUUUAAACAAGCCAUGAAGGAUGCGAUUGUAGAAACUCAAAGGUUUUUGUGUGGUGAAACUCCAACACGGUGGAACUCUACCUUUGAAUUGCUAAGAUAAGCAUACGAUGUGAAAGACAUGUUUCUCGAAUAUAGCCAUCAAGGUAAAUAAAACCAAAUCUGUUUCAGCACUAACAAUUAGCAAUAUUUACAAAUUUUGCAUUUUGUCCAAAUUUUGAAAGUUGCAUAAUUCACUCAAUUUAAGUUGUAUUGACCUGAAUCUUUUUCAUACAUGUUGUUUAUGUUUUGUAGAUAAGUUUAGUCUAUAAAAAAGCUUGAUUUGGUUAAAAAUUGAAUGAGUUACACGCCCCGCAAGGAAGCAUAUCAAAUCAGAUUUUUUUUUAUAUUUCAGCAAUUAAACAUAAUAUGACUCUUUUGUUCAAAUGUGCAUAAUUCACUCAAUUUAAGUUGUAUUCAGGGGCGAAGCUUGAACAAUUAAUGUUGUGGUGAUGGUGUGGGGGUGGGGGAGCAAAAGUAGUAUAGAUUAUCAAGGAAAUUAUGAGUUAUUUUUUAAAGUACUGGUGCAUAAUUUUGACAUUUGAGUAGAAUUAUAUAUUCUUUAAUAAAACUAAUGACUACAUUCAAGAACUAUCAUUGCAUUUCCUAAUUGGUGAAGACCCAUCACACUCUUUGGCUAAAGAUUCAUCAAAGAAAACGAUAGUAAUUAUCCAUCUCCAUAAUCUAAGAAACAAUAAAAUAAAAUAAAAGAAUCAAAAAUAGUUUGAAAAGCCAAUAGAAAUGGGAGGAUAAACUCAUACCAGGUUGAGAGAUACUAGUAGUGAAAUUUGGGUCCAACUUUCUUUGAAACACUACAUCAAACACUUGGGAUGCAUGUUUUGUAAACCUGUAAAUCCAUUUUUUUUAUUAACCUGGGAAGAAACCAACUGGUAGAGAUUAAAAACAAUUAUAUCUGAGAAGUUAUAUUUAACCAUUCUAAAUAAUAAAAACCAACAUGCACCCAUAUCUUUAAAUUAAUCUAAAUUUCGUCAAAUUUUCAUAUUCAA